GUGUGGCAACCCGGAACCGGAAAGGGUGAGGAGAAGGAGGGUCUGUGCAUCGAGAAAAGGGUCUGAGCAGAACGUAGGAGGGAGCCGGCACCGGCGGGGAGUUCAGGCCGCAGCUCUACAGUCUCACGCCCGGGAUCACUCAGCUGCAGCAACCAUGUCUGAUAAUGGAGAGCUUGAAGAUAAACCUCCAGCCCCCCCAGUGCGGAUGAGCAGCGCGGUCUUCAGCUCUGGAACAAAAGACCCACUGUCAAGCAACCACAGCCUUAAGCCUCUUCCAUUGAUCCCUGAAGAGAGAAAAUCCUCCAGGAACAAAAUUAUAUCCAUCUUCUCGUACAAUGAAAAAGCGGGAAAGAAGAAAGAACGCCCUGAGAUCUCCCCACCCUCAGACUUUGAACACACUAUACACGUGGGCUUUGAUGCAGUGACUGGAGAGUUUACUGGUAUGCCAGAGCAAUGGGCACGGUUGCUACAGACCUCAAACAUUACCAAGCUCGAACAGAAGAAGAAUCCACAGGCUGUGCUCGAUGUGCUGAAGUUCUAUGACUCAAAGGACACAGCUAAACAGAAAUACCUUAGCGUUUCAGCAACAGAUAAAGAUGGCCUCCCUUCUGGCCUGUCACCUGCACCACAUGCUAAAGGAUCCGAGCCUACAAGAGCAGCGACAGAUGAUGAUGACGAUGAUGAUGCUCCUCCAGUUAUUGCUCCGCGACCUGAACAUACAAAAUCGAUGUACACGCGAUCUGUAAUUGACCCAAUACCUCCCCCUGCUGGAGAUACUGACAGUGCAGCAAGGAAUGCAGACAAACAGAAAAAGAAGACGAAGAUGAGUGAUGAUGAGAUAAUGGAGAAACUUCGAACUAUAGUGAGCAUAGGUGACCCUAAGAAAAAAUACACCAGAUAUGAAAAGAUUGGCCAGGGGGCCUCUGGAACAGUCUUCACUGCUAUCGAUGUAGCCACUGGUCAAGAGGUCGCCAUUAAACAAAUAAACCUUCAGAAGCAGCCCAAGAAAGAAUUGAUCAUAAAUGAAAUUCUUGUUAUGAAAGAGCUGAAGAACCCGAAUAUUGUAAACUUUUUGGACAGUUUCUUGGUGGGAGAUGAGCUCUUUGUUGUGAUGGAGUACCUGGCUGGUGGCUCUCUCACCGAUGUUGUAACAGAAACCUGCAUGGAUGAAGCACAGAUAGCUGCUGUAUGUAGAGAGUGCUUGCAAGCGCUGGAAUUCCUGCAUGCCAACCAGGUUAUUCAUCGAGACAUAAAGAGUGACAAUGUACUUCUAGGAAUGGAUGGCUCUGUCAAACUAACUGACUUUGGUUUCUGUGCUCAGAUCACCCCUGAGCAAAGCAAGCGUAGCACCAUGGUGGGAACACCAUACUGGAUGGCCCCAGAGGUGGUAACCAGGAAAGCAUAUGGUCCCAAAGUAGACAUAUGGUCGCUUGGAAUCAUGGCUAUUGAAAUGGUAGAAGGAGAACCACCUUAUCUCAAUGAGAAUCCCCUAAGGGCUUUGUAUUUGAUUGCUACAAAUGGCACCCCAGAACUGCAGAACCCGGAAAAACUCUCUCCAAUUUUCCGAGAUUUCCUAAAUCGUUCAUUGGAGAUGGAUGUAGAAAAGAGAGGAUCAGCAAGAGAACUCUUACAGCACCCUUUCCUAAAACUUGCCAAACCACUGUCCAGCCUGACCCCUCUGAUACUUGCUGCAAAAGAAGCUAUGAAAGGCAACCGUUAACAUCCAGUCAAGACCUUCCUCCAGUAUGCCCUUUGCCCGGUUAACCCUCCUAACAUUUUAGACGUGCCACUCCUCCGCUCAUCGACAACUGAGACAAUGAUUGACAAAACCAGCGUUGGUCUGAGAAGACACAGACCCAGAGAUUCAUGUUCUCUCCUUGUCGGGGCCGUGAAAGUACUGAGAGGGAGGAAGUGACGCCCCCAUGCUGUGCAUCUUUCUUUUUGAAAGAAGGAGAAAACUGUGGCCUUUCUAGAUCCCCAAUCUUUUUGGGAUUUCCACUGCAUUAUGGGAAUAAUUUUAUACGUCUGCGCCCUCUGAAGAUGCCUGCUCUUGUUUUCUGGCCUUUUCUUGAUACUUGAAUAACUCUCACGCCAGUGCCAGAGCAUUUAUCUCUUGCUGGCUCCUUUUUAUAUUCCAUUCGCUGACCCUAUGCCAGGAUUCACCACUGUCUUUUGGGCAGUGUGCCUGUGUUGUUUCCAAGGAGAGGCAACCUGGUGAAUUUCGUUGAUGCUCCCUGGUGUUCAGGUUUCUUAUGUGCAAGGCAUAUUGUUGGUGGGAGGUUUAUUGAAAACGUCUUAACUAGUACUUACAUAAGUGUUGAUUUUGCAUUAGGGAAAAGGGCUGAGGAAGUGAGGACUUGUCCGUGCCUGUGCCGUGCUAUUUCAAGAGCUAAUCGAUUUUCUUCCACAACAAUGGCCUUUCUCUUUUUUUUUGGAAUUAAUAUGGACACUUCUGUGUAAUCUCAAAGUGCUCUUAACAUUACAUCCAAGGAAAUAUUCUAAGUGAUUUCAUUUUCUUAACAUCCUUCCGACUCCUUGUAAUUUUACAUUAAGGGAAGUUUGUGCAAAAAUUUCAAGCAUUUCCUAUGCGGGAUAUGGGUUUUUUUUUUUUUUUUUAAAGGGUUGUUUCUACAUGCUGUAAGAAUUUUCAAAUUUAAGUGCCUAUAAUGAAUAAGUGUAACUUUCUGUUGGGCAGCAGAAUAUCCAGUGCAUUAGAAAGUAUUCCUUGUAUCAGAUCUACUGCCGUGACUAAAAGUUGUCUUCUUCUCUCCCCCACCCUCCCUGUGUAGUGUAUUAGGAUUAGUCCCUGAUAUCUCUCUGCAGAUUGUACGAAAUCUUUGCUACAUUGAAGGGGGAGCUUGUGCCAAAAUUCCAGAAUCUUCCGUGAAACUGCGAUUUACCAUACAGUCCUAUCUGUUUAAAAGAUUUCACAUGUCCGAAUCUUGUCACUGUGUUUGUAAUCCAUUGGACAAAAGGGAAUUCAAAUAUUGUGCUAUAUGGUGCAUUAUAUGUCCUAGUCCUUGCAUUGUUUUUUUGACCCACCUUUCAAGCAGGAAGUUGAACUUAGGUCUUAAACAUUUCAUUGAAGUAUAGCCGACCCUGCCAACAAACAGGAGAAAGACCACAUUGUCCUCUUAGGACGAAGCAGUAACCUUGUGCCUUUUUAACUUUGGCAAACAGCCUAGUUACUACAGUUCUGAGCUUCCACUUAUUGUGGUGGUUUUAUGCCUUUUAAACAUAUCGACUGCUCCAUAUUUCAUUAUUCCAGUGUUGUUGAUUAUGAUGCUGCUGUCAAGGGAAUGAUCUCUUCUGAAUGCCAAGAACUUCCAGAACCCGCACGGUCAAAGUUGUUCCUCUCCGCAGGUGCUAAAAAGUUCUUAAAAGUAUAGAAAAGGACUGAAAAUACCAGAAGACCUUCUCUUAGAACAUGGACGUUUGUGUGAUAGAGACUUGUUGCCUGUAUGUGCUGGAAGAAAGGUUUCCAUUUGUGUCGAGCCUCCAUUGUGGUGAAUGCAGUCUGUGGUGUUAUUGAAGCUGUCCACAGAGAAGAGAGAUUUCAGUGGGAUCUUUGGUUGGUGUAUAACAAUGCCAAAUGUAUAAUGGCUUAGUUGGGUUUUUUUUAUGUUGUCCCUAUUUUUUGCCUUGGCAUUGUGUUCCUAGAUUGGCAGAAUAUUGGAUCAACUAACCUUAUUGUUACAAACUGAUACACGUGUAACAAAAUAGGAGAUAAAAGAACUAAUGUUGGAGUGGGAGGAAUGAAGGGAAUUAUGCAUUGAUAUUUUUAUUAAGGUGUUUAAAUGUAGCUUUGGUCUGCAUAUGGUUCUUACAACGUAGUUACUAUUGGUUGGGGAUGAAGUUUUGUCAGUUCCCCCUUAGGGAUUAUACAUGUAUCGCUGAACUGUAGAUUGAAACAUAGACUGUUCUUAUUUCUGUGUUGGGAGCCUCUUAUGUCCAUAUUCACAAUACACUUGUCUGUAUUGAUGUGGGGUCGGCCAACAGUCUGUGAUCACUGCUUAGUAUAGAAGUUGCCUCAUCAGACGAAUCAUACUGUAUCUGAGUAAUGUGUGAAGAUGGCUGUAAUAUUUCAACCUUCUAAAUAUUGCUUUGAUAUGUGUACAUAGCUAGGAUAUAGAGGUUGAAUCCUCUGAGUUUUUGUUGGAGAUUGCAUUAACAAAUAUAGGGCAUUUCUACUGACUCCUUUUCAUGGAUGAUACCUUGUUUCCUUAUUGACAUCUGAGACUUGAAGGGAGAUGUUGUUUCCACAGCAUAUACACAGGGUUCUGUAAAAUCGUCUUUUAUAAAGUAUUGUAAUUGUUCUAAAAACACAGAUGCAAAAGAUCUGUCUUCAAGAACCACCAUCUCUUAUUAUGAAAUCACGACACACUGAACUAGGUUCUAGCAUCUUUGCCUUAACCAAGAAAGACUUAAGGUUGUAUUGGUUAUAUUGAUGAAGAUGCUUAAAUCGGCAUCAUGAGAUUUGUUAUACGUUUCUUGGAUGGAAGAGUGUGGUCUCCAAAAGUAAUAAUCCCAGAUAUAUGCCUCUGUAUUUUUGUUUCUUCUUCUCCCUUUUUAGCUUUUGCAUGCAGAUGUUACAUAUUUUUGUGGUUCCAUCCUCUGCAGUUCUUCCUUUUCCUGUCUUGUUUAAUUUAUCCCAUCUUUUUAUUUAAUUAAUUUUUACGGCAAUAACUACUGAAUCAUUUGUGUGCGUCAACUUUGCUUGGAAUAAACAUUUUGUUUUAUUUUAGAAGUAAGAGUC